GAGCCCGGUUGCCAGACGCCGCCAAGCUUGUGCGGGGGAGAAGGACCCGGGCAGAGCGAGGCGCGGCGGCGGUGCGAGGCGACGAGUGGGGCCGGGUGCGGGGGGAGGCGGCGGCGGCCGAGCUGGAGGCGCCGCCACGCGCCGGGGCUCGCGGACUGGCCCGGGCGGGCCCCCGUCCGCGGGGCCUCCUCGCUGGCGGCGGGCGCGCGGUGCCGGCCCGGCCGAGAGGCGUCUUCUCCGCGCGGGGCCGGGCGGAGCGGCUGGCUCCCCGCCUCGGCGUCUGGAUGUUCAUUUUAAAGAUUCUUUGAAGAUGAAAAGGGAUAUCUUAUGGUUUUACGGAAUAUAAAGCAAUAUUGUCUGACAUGACGGCAAAAAAUGUUGGUGUGACUCCCGCAAAUGGCGACUUGAAAGGAUUUAUAGAUCAGAACCAGAGUCCAACAAAAGGUAAUAUUUCAAUAAUUACAUUACCAGUUUCCAGCACCAACUCUCCAACUAAGAUUUUGCCAAAAACCUUAGGACCAAUAAAUGUGAAUGUUGGACCCCAAAUGAUCAUAAGCACAUCACAAAGACUGACCAAUUCAGGGAGUGUUCUCAUUGGGAGUCCCUAUAAUCCAGCUCCAACAAUGGUCACACAGACACAUAUAACAGAAGCUACUGGCUGGGUUCCAGGGGACAGAAAACGGACUCGAGAAUUUAUAGAAUCAGAUUUUUCAGAAAGUAAGAGAAGCAAAAAAGGAGAUAAAAAUGGGAAAGGUCUGAGGCAUUUUUCAAUGAAAGUAUGUGAAAAAGUCCAACGUAAAGGAACAACUUCAUACAAUGAAGUCGCUGAUGAGCUGGUAUCAGAAUUCACAAAUUCUAACAGCCACCUAGCUACAGAUUCGCAGGCUUAUGAUCAGAAAAAUAUUAGACGGAGAGUUUAUGAUGCCCUUAAUGUGCUUAUGGCAAUGAACAUAAUUUCAAAGGAGAAAAAGGAAAUCCGAUGGAUUGGCCUUCCUACAAACUCAGCUCAGGAGUGUCAGAAUCUAGAGAUAGAGAAACAGAGGCGGAUUGAACGGAUAAAACAGAAGAGAGCCCAGCUACAAGAACUGCUGUUGCAGCAAAUAGCAUUCAAAAACUUGGUACAAAGAAAUCAGCAAAAUGAACAGCAAAAUCAAGGCCCUCCAGCUUUGAACUCUACAAUACAGCUGCCUUUCUUAAUAGUCAACACUAGCAAAAAAACUGUCAUAGACUGCAGCAUAUCAAGCGAUAAAUUUGAAUACCUCUUUAAUUUCGAUAACACUUUUGAGAUUCAUGAUGACAGUGAGGUGCUGAAGAGAAUGGGAAUGUCCUUUGGGCUUGAGGCAGGCAAAUGUUCAGCUGAGGACCUAAGAACUGCAAAAUCACUGGUGCCAAAAGCUUUAGAAGGCUACAUCACAGAUAUGUCUGCAGGAUUUUCCUGGAUGAACCAAGGAUUAUUUUCAAAUUCAGCACAAGCAGCAUCACAUAUAGAAGUAACAGGAGGCACUUCUGUUUCUAAAUCAAGUGAGAAUCCAGGGUUGUGUUUGGAUGCUGAAGUGGCCUUAGCAACUGGGCAGUUCCUCGCCCCUAGCAGUCAGCAGUCCAGCAGUGCAACAUCACGCUACUCAGAAUCACGGGGAGAAACGCCAUGCUCAUUCAAUGAUGAAGAUGAAGAGGAUGAAGAUGAAGAUUCUUCCUCCCCAGAAUAAAGACAGUAGAAAACUGAGUACACAAAAUACUGCUCAUACAUGUUCUUAAUGAGAGCUCCUGUUUUGGAUUUUAUUUAAGUUUCUUGCUUUUGUUUGCACUGUGUUCAGCGAAGAUUCAGAACAAACACAUCCAAAUUUGAAAUUGAAAACUUUUUGUACUUGAACACAGAGUGAUAUGCAGACACAGAGCAAAGUGUUUUUUAUCAACUACAACCAAGGAAAAGAACAAAGUCCCUGGAGAUCUGGCAAAGUAAACAUCAAGUUCACAUUUUCCAUCUUGGGACAUUCUGUCUCAAGUCUCUGUCUUCCCCUUAUCCUAACCAGAUGGAGAAGAAAACAGGGUCAGUCAACAAAUGCUGAUUUUCACAUUGUUUUUUGGCUGUGCUACCUUAAAAAGAAAAAAAAAGUGCGUGCACAUUCACGUGCUAAAAUAGCUAUUUAAAAAUAUCUUGUAUGAAAAUUAUUAUAGGGAGAGGGGCUGUUAGAGUGUUUGCUUUUUUCUGUUCAACUUGCUGUAUAGAAGAAUCUUAAAGUAAUAUAAAUUGCAAGUGAUUAAAUGAAUCUUGAAAUAGAUUAAAUCCAUUUUAGAUACUCUAAAAAUAAUAUUAGUAUGUCUCUUUUGAAAGGUUCCUAUGUUCAUUUAUACUGCAGGCCUAAUUUAUUUAUAAUAAGUGAUUAUUCUUUGCCAUUAUUAAGCAGUCAGGAUUAAAAUAGCAGUAUUCUCUGCACCAGCUUUUUUUCAAGGAAAAAAAAAAUAAGUGAAAAAAAUUGUAUUUAUAGAUUAUAGUGUAUCCAGUGUAACUUCUCCUUUACUGUUCUAAUUUUAUAAUCCAUUUGAUUUUACAGCAUGUAUAUUUUAGAAAAGGCCUCUAUGUUAAGAAUCUUGGGCAACAUCUUUCGGGGCAGGAUUUUAAAAUUCAGGGCAGGCAAGUCAAACUUUUGAAGUCGCAGGUUAAGAUACUUAGGAAGAGAAUUCAAUUUUGACAAUUGAUAAUUGGAUUAGGAUUAUAAUAAUACACUAAUUUAACUUGUUUACAGUUAACUUCUGUUGCACGCACCUUCAUGCGCCUUCGGAAAAUACUAAUACCAAGCAACUUCUUAAAAUAAUUUGUGGCUGAAGUUACACAACAUGAAUCACAUCUGAACAGACAAAUUAGGCUUACAACAGGAGGCUCUGUAUUCUAUACUUAAAAUCACAUCCAGUCACAAAGACUUGAAAAAGAAAUCUUUAAUAGCAAAGCAAAAUACAGUAUAGGUGGUACUCUUCCAAUGGUGUUCUAACAUUCAGUAUUUUAACUAGUCUUGAAGUUAACUAUUUUUAAUUAGGUGACUCCAGUUAAAAAUAAGUAAGUUAACUCCUUUUUAGUUUUUAUACUACAUGUAAAUAGUGAACUAUUUCUAAGUACCAAUAUAUUAGCUGUCAGAACACAAUGACUUUGUCUCUGUUAUGUAGUUACAGAUUAGGCAACUUGUAAUACCUUACUCACUUGAACAAUGGUGGCAAACUAUAUUCCUUGAUUGCUGUGGCUGUUACUCUACCGCAGUAUGAGGUCUGUCCGCAUUAUCUUUUCCAGACAAAUCUGCACUCAAGCCAACAUGAUCCCGAACUAGUAAGAAAAACUGAGGCUUUAGCUAGAAAGCUACCUGGCUGUUCUGCUGGAGUUGGCACAUGACUAGCUAUAUACAGGACAGGUAUAACUGCAAGGAGCAUUCAAGCACACCUGCACUCUCACAUUAAAAAUUAAAACAUCAAGGUAGAAACUUUCAACAGAUAGUUUAAACUCCUACAUUUGAUGUACAGAUAGGAUGGCACCAUUAUUUAGGCAUAGCUCUCAUUUGAGUGAAUAGAGCUAUCUAGGUUACACAAAUGAUUUGCAAAUGCACAAAGAAGAAAAUUCCUGUGUGCUUACCAUGUUAUUCGCCCUCUGGGCAAGACUGUUAGAGUGUCCUACUAUGCACAUGGUUCAUAGACAACAGCUGACCAAGGGAUGUACACUAACCUCACUUCAACCAAAUCUGUAACACUACCUCUGCAUGAAGAAAAAAAGCUUUACAAGUACAAAAAAAUGUUCUCACUGAGGGAUUCAAUGCACUUGAUUGAAGUGGCUCACUUUUGUAGUAAGAAGAGGAGGAGAUAUUCCAGGCAUACUAUUAUGGAAUUAUCAGUUUUAGGAAUGACAUUUCAUACAAACAGAUAAUUUUUUUUAUUCUUAGUAUUACUUUGUUUUUGGAAAACUAUCCUGUCAACUUUGACUGGAGAUGGAAAAUUCAAAGAUACCUGAUAUGCACAGGACAUCCCAAUGCACUCUUAAGGACAGAACAUUUUUUUAAAGUAAUUCACUCUUCCGCCUGACCCCAUACAUUAGGGGACAUAUCUGACUUUACACUUUCUUUACAUUUCCCAUUCAAAAUUUGCAUAAAAAGAAAAACCAGCAAAACACUAAUCUAAACAAUUGUUAAAAGAGGAACACUUUGCAUUAUUAGAAGCUGGUAAAAAAACUUCUUGCCCAGAAGUGUAAGGUAUUUUCUUAGCUUCAUUGUGCUUUCUGCUUUUGAGGAGGAAGGUGUUCUGUGAGAUCUUGUUCCCACUGAUGUCCAUUUCCUUCAAAGCAGCAGACUGCACAGCUACUUGCUUUCUGGCAAACUUUGAGCUAUCAGCCACUAGGGUUUUUUUGUGGGGUUUUUUGUUUGGUUGGUUUUUUAAUCUAGGAGCACAUAACAUUUAUGUAGACAGUUGAACCAUGAUUUCCUUUUUUUUUUUUUCCCCCUCCUUCCCCUGAACUAGUUAAAUACAAAGGACAAAACAAGUUUGAACACUUAGAAAAGACUUCAAAAGGAAAUUCUUCCCUUGGGAUUCUUUGUGCCAAGUUCCAGCUGAGAAUGAAGAGCGCCAGAGCGCUGUGGUCUUGUGGUUACACUAGAGUCUGGGAACUAGGAGAAUUCUGGUCCUCAUCCAGCCCUAGUCACUCCCUAUACGAUCUCAGGCAAGUCAUUCAGCCCUUCUUGCUCAUAUUAGCUGACACAUUUAAAAAAAAAAAUAGUAGAACCUCACAAAACAUAGAUGUUGCAUCUGAAUUGAGCUCUGAGCAAUUAUGAGUAACAAGAACAUUAAGUAAUCACACAGUUCCCACUAAGGUAAUGGCAGUAGGCAUGUUCAGUUGCUUCAGCAUGCAGGCUCUUCCUCUGAGGGCCACCAGCAGACAUUUUCCAGAGUAAUACGGUCAUUAACAACACUGGUUUUCCCAUUUUCUAUUCAGCUGCCACUGUCUUCUACUCUGUUGUGCAAUACACUUAAUAUUCAUUCAAAUGAAACAACCAGCAACUGGUACUAGAUUGUAUCUCGUAUAAGGCAGAGUUAACAUUUAAAUUUCCAUAAAUAUCUGAAGUAGAACUUACAAGUGACAUGUUUCUGUCUCUUGAAACACUAUUGGUUACACAUUCAGAAAGCAGUUGGCUGAAAGCAAUAUAAUGCUGUGUAUAUAUGCUUUUAUAUAUACUGGAAGUAAACAGUUUUCUGGACUUAUUUUAUGGUGCUUGAAAACAAUCUAAAUUUAACUUAGAAAAACUUGUCACCACCACAAACUAGAUGAGAAAUUAUGAGUGGGAGACAGCAUUUUUCUACUGUGUGGAAAUCAGAUAUAAUGUUUGUGGAUUUUGGUUUUAAAAGUUACAUUAAAGUUGUGCCAGUGUUCUCAUUUCAACACUGAAAUUAAUGGCAAAAAUCCACCUAAUCUAAGAAAGCAUGUAUAUUUCAGUAAAUGCUAAAGCACAGAACAUUAGUUUAACUGAAGGCAUGAUUUUAACUAACUUCAUUAAACUAAUACAAGCCAUACUGAAGGUAUUUCCAUUUUGGUUAAGGGGUUUGGGGUGGGGGUUGGCGGGGAGGGCUGUUCUUUUAAACUAUAGCUUGGAAAUAUUCCUAAUCUGUUUGAACAGCUGCGAGUUGAGUAUACAGAAUACUCAGAGGGAUUUGUGCCAGUUAACUAAGUCAGGUUCGAGUAGCAUGAUGUAAAAAGGCCUAAUAAAGCCAAAUUUUAAUUUCCCUUCUCCCCCCAAAAAACCCAAACCCAACACCCUCAAGUUUAUCCAUAAAACGAUGGUUGAAGUCAGAAUUCAACAGUUAAGGUUUAAAAAGUCAAGUACUCUUUCUUCUGAGCACGCCCACCCUUUUAACACAAGAGUAUAGCUCAAAUUUAAUCUCAUGUGAAACUAAGCACUAGGCAGUACUCAUUUUUAUAAUUAACUGGCUCUUUACAGCUGAAACACUUUUCUUUUAAUGAGCUGGAGACAUUUGGGUUUUGGUUUAAUUUAAAAACAAAGCAAGCAACCACAGGAUAUAUUAUAUAGUGAACAAACCAAAACAAGUCUUCUGACUGUGAUCUCCUGUUUGUAUCUCUUCAUUACAAGAUUCUCUUGGUGUCAGGAGUUAAGUAUUUAAGAAAAUAUAUGCACGCACGCACACACGCACACACACGCACAGAGAAGCGGGAAAAAAACCAUAGGAGCUCUGUAAAGUUUUGAACAAUAAAUUUUAGGAACAGUCAUACUUUGAGGAAAUGUUCUGUUUACUGUGAGCUUAAUUUAUUUUAAAGAGAGGCUGCAGUUCAGUUAUCACAAUGUCUGGGAUAUUUUAUGGCUGAAGCCCUCUUCAACCCCUCAGCGUUGGAAAAUUGUGCCUCUUGCAGCAUUACUGAUGAACCAUUGAGAAGCUAAGAAAAGUUGGUGUGGAGGUUGUGUGUGGUUUUUUGUUUGUUUUUUUUUUUUUUUUUAAAUGUGCCUCUUCAAGACUCUUUACCUAUGUCCAAACUGACAUGCCAGUAAAGCAUUCAGAAUUUGUCACGCACCUAUCCCUCCAAGUAUAUCAGCAGCUCUAAAUGCAGAGCUUGCUUCUAGCAGGCCUACACAUAACCAAGUCCUGACACCAUUACAUUUCUCGAAACUCUCCUGCCUUAGACUUACCUGAGUUCUCAGAUCAGGUUAUAUCUUUGCUAUUUAUGCUUCGGAAUUGGUUUGGUAAGUGCUUUUUUAUAAGUCUGUGAACAAAUGUUCUCCUCUGGACCCAGCUGUAUUGCCAAAAAAAAAAAAAAAAAAAUGCUUAUUCCCAGUUGUUCAUUCCCUCUGCUCUGUAUUACCAUCCUGCUCAUACAAGUAUUUCCUAGCUCACUCAACCCAGUUACCUGAGUUAGCACUCACAGAUACCUCCCCCAGCUGAUGCUGACAGUUAGAUGGGGGAACACUCACAAAAGCACUCAGCCCAGACAAUCAUAGGGGUCGUUUGUCACAGUUGUUUAGAGAGUGCUUGCUCACUCCACACCUUUAAUAUUCCCACUUUGUCCGGCCUACCUCAAAGAUCAGCCAAAACCAAAAUGUUUUCUUCCUGCAUAUAUCUUUCUGACAGUAUCCAACAAUCCAACAGUUAGGACAUGCAUCUAAAGAGGCAGGAGACCAAAAAUCCCUCCUCUGAAUUGUGAGGAAAAGACAUUUGAUAUAACCAGCCAAAUCCUACGGGGGUGGAGGGAAAGUCUCCCACUUAGGAACAAUGGGAAGCAAAUGAGUAACUUUUUUUUUUUCUUUCUCCAUUACGGAAAACAGGCUGACCUGGAUCAGAUACCUCCUUGUCAGAGGGGAUGACAAUUCCAAGCAGAUACAGGAACAUCCCAGUAGCCCAGAAUUUCAUCUCUUCCAAGUAUUUUUUUAUUGGCUAGAAUAGGUGGCAGCCCACUUAAUUUUCUGACUUCUCUAAAUGCCAUGUUUAAACGCAUAACCCUCUCCACACCUAGGCACCUAACUUAGAAAUAUGAACAUCAGUUGACAGCAGGAAACAGCUAUCUAAAAUUUAAAUCCUGCUGUAGAUUUAAAUCAAACUCUUCUAUGAGGUAUAUAGAAAACUUCUCCAGACAAAACAAGUCUUUCCCAGUGACUUGUUUUAAGCUUUUUAUUGUUAUCCAGGCUGAGUGAAACAGAGAAAUUAAUCCCUAGCGCUAUGUGGUUCUCAUGCCUUCCAUGUAGCAGCAAUGGCACAUCUGUAAGAUCGCGGCAAUAAAAGAAGAAACCCCCACCACACACACAAAACCUUUUCCACUUAAAUUUAAAGAUAACUCGGUGGGAAAAAUUCAGUUUAUAUUGCUUUGUUGUGAAGAUUAAAUUUGGUUCUUAUGACAACCUUUCAGCAACACAUAGGUUUGAUUAAAGCUACCUUUAGGUCACAUACAACUCUCUUGAAUGGCCACACAAGUUAAAACAUUGACCAGAAAGCAUAAACUCCACAAAAAUCAGUCUCCAAUUUUUUGGUGGGUUUGUUCUAUCUGUAAUGUAACUUUAACAAUUAGUAGAUUUGGUUGCAAGUGAUGCAGGGAUUAAGUGGAUCUCCCAAGAUUUCCCAAGAAAACAACACCUGAAUCAAAAUGCAUCACACAAGUUUCUGGCACAUUCCCUUGUGUAAAGCCAGGACAUAUACAUGAAAAAUACUUCAGAUAGAGAAGUUGUGCUAUUGAGAAAUACAUGCAAACAAUAUGACUCUGUAUCUCAAACAUCUACUCUGAAAAAAAUCUUACUUGAACAAGCCUGUAAGAACUGAGUUCAUCCUCUUCCCUCAGGACUUGACUGCAAAUAAGGCAACAACCUUUGUAUUUGCAUAUUCUACAUAGCACGAGGAACCACUAGCCAGCAAGUAGAGGCACAGUUUUUAAAACAUUACAUGGCUGUUGGCACUUGUAAGAAGAUUUGGCAACAGAUCAAUCCCUUAAUAAUGAAAUAAUGCUGACUUACAUAUCAACCAAUGUUACAGAGCCACUGCAAUAUGUAUUAUGAAGAAAAAAGGUGACCCUCCCAUCUCUAUUACAGUAACACUUUUUAACAUAGCUAUGUUCCACAUGGAAAUAACUUCUAGAGAGACAUCCUUCUUAUGUUUAAAAUGCAGAAACCACUUAAAAGUCCAUUAAUUGUUUUAAAUGAAAUAGGUGAAGAGGUUAUUUAGGGUUUGGGGAUUUUUUUGUUUAUUUUGUUUUUUUAAAGGAGGAGGAUGCCAGUCAGACAAAGAUAUUUUAUGCCAACUUUCAAUGCUGAACUUAAAGGAAGCUUUGUAAACUUGGUGGAUGGGAAGAAAAGGAGCACUAACAAAUCUAAUUCAUGGCAAUGCAAACUACAUGGGAUUUUAAAUUUUAAUUUACUAUUUUAAUCCACUAUUCUUACCCUCCAAAAUAUCUAUUAGAAUACAGUAUCACAAAAACAUGUUGGCAGAAAUCAAGAAUUAAGCUUAAAGCAUUUUCUCCCUUUUCCCAUGCUACAUUUCUGUAUCUUUGGGAAAGUCCAAGUUGCCCACUCAUCUUACACAAUUUGCUACAGAUUUUUGAAUUCUCCAUGGAUUUCUUUCUUUCCAAAUACCUGUAAAUUAUAAAGUUUUCUUUUUGCAAAAAGACUGCUAUUAAGCUAUCCUGUUUUUUUCCUUGAUCGAAUAGUGUUAGUUUCUGCUAACACAUUGUACAUGGCUAGGAGUAGCAUAAAGAGAUUGUGGGUACUAUUUUAUAUGCUUUAAACACUGACACACAGAAAUACAAAGAAAAAUACAUACACAAAGUUUUACUUUCCUAAUAGGAACACUGGCAUUAGCAUAUUGUAUAUUUGAACCAAUAGGAAAUAUUACUUUGUAGUAGCACACACUUUGUAAAUAAAUACUUGUUAUUUUUUUAAUGGAAAUUUUAUAGAAGAAGCUAUUUCUGUAUACUCAUUUGAUCCCAUGUUUACUGAAAAUGCUGCAAGUGGGAAUUGUACAUUGCAAAAUGGGGGCGGGGGGUAGGGAGCGGACAGCUGAGUGACAUGAAAAGUAUGUACACACUGGACAAAAACAAUAUCCAGCUGUUUGUGAACAGGAAAGAAGCUUUACUGUAGAGGAACAUAAUAAAAGACUUUCAAGGCAA